GAGCUGCAGAGAAACACAAGGGAGGAGGGGAGAUCUCACUGAGGGGGGUAGAGAGGCAAAUCACCCCCAUCCUUCUCCUUAAGAGCUGCCGCUGCCUGGUCCUUCUCCGCGCGCGCACACACACACGCACACACACUCAUGUAAGAGGAGAAGAUGCUCAAGUUCUUCACUGGACGGGAGGACGACAAUGAGAGCCUGCUGGGAGCCAUAACUGAAGAUGAAGGAGACAAUCCAUCUCUUCGAGACACCAAGCAUCACUGGCUGAACCGACCGUAUCUUCUGGUGUUAAAAGAUGGCGAGGUACCAAAGUCAGAGCUGGGCACGCGACAGAUCGGAGCAGAGUUUCUGUCAAAGAUGUCCUCAGAUGCCUCCACCACAGCAGAGCAGCUGCCCAAAACCGCCUCAGCCUCCCAGCUGGAGGAAGGAAGCUGCACCGUGAUGGCUAUCUCCACGUGGGGAGACGGGUGCUUCAAAGAGACCUCCAGCCCUUUGGUACUCAGCCCUGCUGAAGCUGCGUGGCCACUUGAAGAGGAUGGAAAGCUUCCGAACCAGUCAUCCAAGGAGGACUCUGUGAUUGAGGAGAAGGAGGUGGAGGAGAGUAAUCUGGAGCAGCCCUGCAGCCCAGGGGUGACGGUAGAUCCUUCACUUGAAGAGAUCAGCAGCCGAAAGGAGGGGGCGGCCGAAGCGCUCCACGAGGACCCUGACAAUGAGUGCAAGGAAACUGGUGCUGGCAUCCUGUCAAAAGAUGACGCCACUGCCCUUGGAGAUGUAGCUCCGGUCUGGGUUCCUGACAACCAGGCCCUGGUCUGCAUGAAGUGCGGGGUCAAGUUUACAUUCACCAAGAGAAGACAUCACUGCCGAGCCUGCGGGAAGGUUUUUUGUGCACUUUGCUCCAGCCUGAAGUUCAGACUUACACAUCUGGAUGGCAAGGAAGGGCGAGUGUGUGUUUCCUGUCAUUCAACCCUCAUUAAAAGGACGCCCCCCAGAGGAAGGAGGAGGGUCUGGUUCGCUGAUGACAUCCUGACCCAUCAGCAGCAGUCCGAGUCUGCUCCCACCACCCCAACCAGGGAACCAGCAUUCUCACCUCUGAUGACACCGGCAUCAGGGAGACCAGUCAGGGGCUCGGGAGGAUCACCACUGAUCCACAGGGCAGCAAGGUCACACAGGAUGGCCACCACUGUGGCACGUUGCCCUUACAGCUGGGGAACCACAGCAGUUGUGGGCAGCUCUUCCAGCCUGAUCCCCCUCGAUGGUCUGCCGCCAAUCCUCACCUCUACGGGGGUCAAAGGAGACUACACUGUGGAGGAGCAGCCCUCGGAGACGCUGCUAAUCCAGGAGUUGGAGAGUGGCCGACCCAAACCUCUGGUGUUUGUUCUGAAUGCCAACCUCCUGGCCAUGGUCAAGCUGGUUAAUUAUGUGAACAGGAGGUGCUGGUGCGUGACAACCAAGGGGAUGCACGCCGUGGGACAGGUGGAGGUGGUGGUGCUACUGCAGUGCCUGCCGGAGGAGAAAAGCUUCCCCAAAGACAUCUUCCAACACUUUAUUCAGCUGUACAGAGACAUGCUGGCUGGCAAGGUCAUCAAACACCUGUCCCUCGCCCUGGUGGGCAGCAGUUUCCUGGGCAGCGAUGAGCACGCUGGCUUCUUGUACGUGCGCUCCACUCUGCAGUCCCUCCAAGGUCUACCUCUGCCAAACCAACCCUACCUCUUUGGGCUGCUGGUCCACCGGGCAGAGCUGACCUGGGCCAAAGCCUUCCCCCUCCGCCUCAUGCUGCGGCUGGGAGCCGAGUACAGAUUUUACCCCUGUCCUCUGUACAGCGUGAGGUUCAGGAAGCCUCUGUUUGGGGAGGUCGGUCACACUAUCAUGAGACUGUUAGUGGAUUUUAGGAAUUACCGGUACAGUUUACCAACGGUGCCGGGCCUCACUGUAGAUCUGGAGGCUCAGAGGACCUGCAUCAAGAUACCGACCACUGGCUACAACGAGAUGAUGAAAGCUUUGAAUAAGUCCAACGAGCAUGUUCUGGCUAUCGCUGCGUGCUUCAACGAGACGGCAGACUCACACCUCAUCUGCGUGCAGAAGGACGACAGCCAGUACCAGACCCAGGCCAUCAGCAUCCACAAUCAGCCACGGAAAGUGACCGGGUCGUGUUUCUUCAUAUUCAGCAGCGCUCUGAAAGCGUCCGCAGGAUACCUGGCUCGGUCCAGCAUCGUAGAAGACGGGUUGAUGGUGCAGAUCACCGUGGAAACCAUGGCCGAACUCCGGCGCUCACUGCGGGAGAUGAAAGACUACACAGUCACCUGUGGCCGGAUAGACCAAUCAGAGAACCAGGAGAUUGUUACUGUGCAGUGGGUGGAGGAGAAGUGCACCGUGAAUAAAGGGGUGGUGAGUCCCAUUGAUGGGAAAUCCAUGGAGUCCAUCAACAGUAAAAAGAUGUUCCAGAAAUCAGAAUACAAAGAAAACGGGAAGAUCAUCCGCUGGACAGAGGUGUUCUUCCUGCAGCGAGGGAACACGCCUAAGGCAACGGUGGCAGACUCUGCGGAGCACGACCGGCUGACGGAGCGGAUCGCCCGAGCCUUCUGUCUGGCUCUAUGUCCUCACCUCAAGCUGCUGAAAGAGGAUGGGAUGGCUAAAUUGGGGCUGCGUGUGACCUUUGACCCCCAAGAGGUUGGAUUCGUGGCGGGCAGCAACGGUCAACCUCUCCCAGCUCAAUAUCUGAACGCCCUGGACAGUGUUAUGAUCCCAGUUAUCCACAGCAGGGGGCGCAAGAGAGACAGCGAGCCUAUCGUAAUGGAGCUGAUCUUUUACAUCCUGGAGAAUAUCAGCUAAAGCCAGUCGCGCUGCAGCAUGACUGGACCUCCCGGCUCACCCCCUCUCCAGUAGACAGAACCCUUAGUGAUACCUGUUACUGUCAGUGUCAGCAUGAACGUAAGGAUUAGAAGACUAACAUGUCAUUGCUUUUAACAGGGGAUUCCCCAAAGAACUCAGAAAUGGAGAAUGAAGAAGCGAAUGUCGUAGAUGCGUAGUAGGAAACCGAUUGCACUCUGACUGAUGUUUUAAUACGGGAUCUAUUUCAUGUAGUUUGAUCAAAAUAAAAGCGCAAGAAUGACCAAGUUGCUGCUCGCUCAUGGAAAUCCUUUGAAACACUGCCAACAUGUCUAAAAGAUUAUGACCAGUAGCUCACUAACCGAACAGGGCAUUAUUUAUGGAUCUACAUAUCUAUUAGAUAUGUACAAGAAUUACUCUGGUCACGGUGAACAUGAUCGACAUUGCUGUAAAUCAGUCGUCACAUGAUAACACAUUGUAUCAUUGUGUUAUGGAGCUUU